CAGCCCGGCCGGCAGGCAGCGAACCCCCUCGACACACACGUGGACUCCGCGCCGCCGGCUCUGCGCAGGCGCCGCACCGCCCCUUCCGUUCUCCGCCGCGCGCUCAUUGGCGGGACAGCUUAGCAGAGCCAUAGAGUGCGGCCAAGAGAGGGCGGGCUCGGCCAUUGAUCAAAAAGUCGCCCCUCUCCUCUUUCCGCUCCGCCUCAGUCACGUGCUUGAAGAGAGAGGACCUAAAGGGGCUCCUUGGCAACAGCCAAAGAACCAACACAACCCACAACAUCGACUUUCCAAAUCUAGGGAGGCACCUGGCUCUUCACAGGGACGAGCAGAGAAAGCCAUCGCUGGUUGGGGAAGAAAACGGGAUCGCCAGCAUUGAAGACUUAGAAGAAAGCUUACGAAAACUGAAGGUUCAGGUGGACAGCUUGGCCUCCAGUCUAACUCUCCAUCCAGAUCAAGAUUACACUUCUGCUCUGGAACAUGUGGCUGACCCAACUCUAAGUUCCAAAUGGCACCAACCAGAGUCACCCACUGAGAUGGAAUGGUGGCUGAAACCAAAACAUCUCGUGAGACCAUUAAGGGAUAACGAACUUGAUGGGCGUUCCAACCUUAAGUACUUCCCCAGUGAGCCAGACUUCCGGAUUACUUGACAGUGCAAUUGUGCGUCAGAACUAUCCCCCCUCAGGGGAUCUUGCUCUCCCUUUGAAACUCGGGGCCCCUCAUGUGAUUGGUGUCAAGUCUUUGCUGCCCCCCAAGAUUCCAGUCCGAGCUUGCUUGCCAGAAAGGGCCUCUUUCGCAUUCCACCGAGGCCGUUCACCGACUCUUAGUCAUUCUAGGGUUACCCGCUCCCGUUCCUUCUCUCCAGAUGCCAAACGUCCAUGCUGGCUCCGAUCGCGGUCUCAGUCUCCGAGGCCUGUCUGGAGACCCAGCUCAGCCAAGGCGAAUGCCUGUGCCCAGCCUCCGCCCCAGUUGGGGAAGCCCACGGGAGUCAGAGCGAAAAGCACAUCAAUUAGGCAAUCACGGUUGAGGUUCUUCAGGCCUGGGACAUUAGCAUCAAGAUCCUGGACUUCCACUAAGGCAAUUGGGAAGCAGACCCCAAGGGAAUCUUGGAGUCCUUACAGUUUGGCCUCCCCUGACAUCUCCUCACCCACAGCACAGGAGAUCAACGAACGAUUCCUGCAGACGCUUUCUGGAAUCACCACAGGGAGAGACCUGAUUGAAAUGUCUGCAUACCAGAAGGAGCUGGCUCGUCUCCGGCUCAAGCGCCUGCAUGUGGAAGAGGCCUGGUUAUUGGAACUGAAGAGGCAGCAGGAAUUGGAACGGACCCGCGGCCCCAAACCCAAGUGGUAUGAAAUGAGAGACUCUCAGUUCCACUAUGAAGCUCACAAGAACAACAGACUUCUGAGAAAUGGCCAAGAGAUACAGUCUGUCUUUGAUUACAGGGAGGCACUAUCCAGAGCUUCUAAAGAGUUCCAGCAGCAGCAGAAGCCCACUUCCACCUUCCCCGAGAUCUGCUGGUGAAGAUCUGAAGGAGAGAUUGGGAAUCUGUACAAAGAGGAGGAGAUGGAAGAAAGGCAGGUCAGGAUGAACCGUUCCAGUGAACGAUAGGGGCUUGUUUGGGGGAUGACAGUGGGAUUCUGAGAGUUCACUCCCAGCCAUUUUUGUGUCUUGUUCUUGAUCACUCAGAGCUGAUUCAUGCUUUGAGAAGUGCCUCAGGACAGGGUCUCUUUAGAUUGUACCACAGUGGAAUGAAAAGAAUUGAGCGAAGCGUCCCUGCUGGAGAAGAAGGUGACCUGAUGUCCUGGUUUAUUGGGGGGGGACUACAUAAAGCUCUGACAUCUCUGUGUCAGAGAUGGUGUGGGCUAUUCUCUUCUGGCUUGAUGGCUGUGUGUGUGCAGAUUUGAUGUAUGCGUGUGUGCCUUUUUAAAAACUCGAUUGUUAUUGCCUGCAGCCUCACACUAGUUCAGCAAAGGACACCUCACUUUGGAUUUUCCCUCUUUUGUUUUAACUUUUUGAUUAGGAGGAUGCUAUGCAUAAAAACCUUGAUUACUGAUCAAGAAAAUGUUCUUUGGCUCCAAAAAAAAAAAGAGAGAGAGAGAUAAAUAUUACACUAGAAGGAGAGAGAGCUGAGCAUAUGCAUUAAAGUUUUUCUAUCUUUAAUAAAAUAUUUCCAUACUUGUUUUUUUUUUUAUAUUUCACUCUCAUGGCCCGGCUUCUUAGUUUCUAAUAUUUUUUGAGGAUUGUUUCAUUCUUAGACUUUCAAAGAGAAGACAUCUAAGCUAGCAAUAUGCUGACAU